CUGCCGAAUUGCCGCCGAAGAAUCAAGCGGCAGCGGUAGAGCUGCCACCGAUCGCGGCUUUUUUUUCCUGCUGCUUGGGGUGGCAAAAACGCUGGAGCCGGCCCUGCAUCCGGUUACGGGCUCCCUGCAGACUGCGGGGAAGGGGAAUUGCGUUCCGGGAAGCCAGGGAAGAACAGGGCAUGUUGGUGACGCCCAGAGAGGAAGGUCAGGGGAAGGGGACGGGAAUGCCCAGCUCUGCCUGAUAAUCUCAUUCCUUUGUGAGCUUGUCAUGUUGCAGAGGAUCCUCCCCAGAAAUCCCCAUCUCCAUCCACCCCAGCGGGAGACACCCACGCAGGGACAGUGACUGCAAACACAACUCCUAGCAGGCGGCCCUUCCCUUCGUCCUUACGGGGUGAGACGGUGGAGACGUGCUGAAGUCAGAUAUACCAACGAUGGGCUCCAGGCCAGUCACUGGAUCAUUGGUCCCUCGGAAGGACUCCCCGGGCACAGACAUCUUCCGCAACGACAGUGGAGACUGCAUCGUCCGCUCCGACCUGGACUUCUACCUGCAGACAGAGCUCCUCGAGAACGGGCGCAACAUCAAGAUCCAGAGACUGCACCCUGCCUGCCGGGGUGGGGAUCACUACAUGGGCUGCGUGGGGGACCCCGAUAUCUACAUCCUCAAAGGCGGCUCCUACCGGGUGGUGAAGGACCUGAGCAUGGAUGAGAAACCCCAGGUCUUUGACUUGCAUCCCAGGUGCCGCAGCGGGGACCACUAUGGGAAGACUGGUUCUCAAUUCUUCAUCAUUUUCCAAAACCAGGGUGAAAUGUGGUGGGUGACUGAUUUGAGAACAGCUGAAGGUGAAAGAAACGUCGUCCUGCACUCCGAAUGCACAAAGGGGCUUUACUACUUUGGGAUCGGUUACUUCCUAACCCUGAUCCAGGUGGACGAGAAGUGGGGGGCUCAGUUCUACUUGUACAAUGAGAUGAGUUCUGCCAGCCUCAAUUCCGUCUACUCCAUCCACCCUGACGUGCUGAACUUCUUCCCCAGGGGGGUGACCCUCACCGAGGGCAUCUUCUCUGCCGGCUGGGAGUGCAUCAAGAUCCUGUAAAUGGCUCCGACUCCCCCAUCACCUGGUCCGACAAGGUCACCCACAAGGUGGGCUUUGCUAAGGAGAUGUCCAGCAUUGAGCACAACUGGAGCAUCUCUGCUGAGAUGUCCAUUAAGGCCGG